AUGGCGGGCUCAGUCCUGCGUCCAGGCGCUGCCGUCCAGCUGCUUGCGCGCAAGGCACACAAAACAGGCACAGGUAGCACUAAGAAUGGGCGAGAUUCAAAUCCUAAGUUCCUGGGCAUCAAAAAGUGCCACAACAGCUUCGCCUUCGUCGGCAACAUCAUAGUACGGCAGCGCGGAGCAAAAUUUAAGUGCGGAAUCGGGACGAAGAUGGGCCGGGACCACACCAUAUACGCCGUGAAGAGUGGCCGCGUGCAGAUUCUAAACCACCGCGUAUCGGUGUUAGACCUCGUCGCUGAACGCGCAAUGCUGUCUCAGCAGCAAUCCACAAGCUACUUCAUGGAGCCGACGCUAUACACAUUGAGCAAAUUAUGGACAGACAAGGCCGACAAAGUUAACAAGUGA